GUGUUUUCAUUCGUGGCUCCAAAAAAAAUCUUUUCAAAUUUUUUGGGGUAUGUUCUUGUGCAUUUUCUGCAAGAGUUUUAUCAGAUUCUCAUGAUUCUUUUGACUGGAAAGGCGUGUUCAAAACCUAGGUUUAGAUUUAUUAACCUGAUUUUGGAAUCUAUUUCUUGCAGAUGACAUUAAUGAAACCAUCUGCUUCAUUAGAUACUUGGAGGGACUAUUUUCGUCCAGGAGAUUCUGAUAUCUUUGGGAUCAUCGAGCAUGCCAUAAUGGUGGCUGACACUGAUUCCCCAGAGGAGCUCAGAUCCAGGAGAUACACAAUCGUCGAGCUUCUCUUCUCUUGUCAAGGGAGCCGCUGCAUUGGAUGUGACCAGCCCGAUUUAUCAAAAUCUGGCGACAAUGAGACCAACAAUGGCCGUAAGACCAUGGACACAGAUGAUGGUGCUCAUGAAGAAGAUGAGAUGAAACUGAACAAUAGUCAGAUUGUUGAUGAGGUCAUGAGGAUCAAAGAUAUCUUGUUAAACAAAAAUGAUGAGCCAUCUGUGUUAUUCGAAUCCCUGAGAAAUCUUACCUCCAUGUCUAUCACUCUGGAUCUUAUAAAGGGUAGUGAAAUCGGAAAGGCAGUUAAUCGCUUGAGGAAACAUGGUUCCGAUAAGAUUAGCAAACUUGCAAAGACUCUUAUUGAGUAAGAGUGUGAACAUUUUUAAAAUUUUGUUUAGUCUCUUUGUGCGUGUACUCUCUCAUUUAUGUGAUGUGCAUCAAAACUUUGGUAAAAGGUUCCAAGAGAAUCAACUACAUGCAAACUAGAUGCACAAAAGAUGUCCAAAUCUCUUUAAAUUGUUGCUAGGAGCUAUACUUGUGCUAGUCGAUUACUUACAACAUUUACUCCCUAAUAUGUGUAUUGUGUUUGAUGUUUGCAAGUUUAUGUUAUUCUUUAGACA